AUGGAUCUUGGAUCUUCAAAGACGAAAGAUGGAGUACCGACAUGGAACGGAGAGGCGGCCAGCUUCCAGGACUACGAGGAGUCCGCCUUGCUGUGGGAGCAGUCGGUAGCAGUUCAGAAGCGCUACCUCUGCGGGCCGCGACUGGCGGCCGAGCUGGGAGGCGCCGCAAAGAGACUCGUGGUGGGCAAGAGAGCCAACUGGCUAUCCCAUAACAAUGGAGUGGCCGACCUGCUGAACCACCUACGAAGCAGCCUGGGCCGACCCCAGGUCUCCGAGCUGACCGAGCACCUCUCCCGGUACUUCAAGGGCUCACGGAAACGGCCCACGGAAGGCAUGAACGAGUACAUCACCCGGAAGAGUGAGGUGUACACAAGGGCAUGCCAAGCACUGCGCCGUGUGGCACCACACCAGGCGAGAGCUACGAGGACCCCUAUGAGGACGACGAGCCGGCGGAGCAGUUGGGACUACUCCGAGCCCGGCCCAGACACAGGCGCCGAGGAAGAAGGAGAACCGGAUACAGGGGACGGGGCCGAGGCUUCCUCGACGACGGCAUCUACACCCGCAUGGGAGACAGGAGGCUGGGGACUCCAUGACUGGAAUCCUCACUGGCAGGGCUCGUGGUGGAGCUCCAACUGGCAGUGGGGAGGAGCCAGCUACGGAACUAGCUGGUGGAACCAAGGCCGAGAGGUUCCCGAAGAGGUGCUACCGGAUCUACUACCAGAUUUUGUUCAAGGCUGGUACCUUCUUCAUGAUGCCGGAUUGGACUUGCAGUCCCGCAACACUGUGAUCACGGCACUUCAGGGGGACUUCGCCUUCAUGAAGGUGGCGCAGGAGCUGCGCAACCAACAUGGAGAAGAUCAUCGGCGCAAGGACAACAGCAGUCGCAAUGCGGGGUACAUGGGCGACCACGUGGAGGACGAGAUUGAAGAGGACGCGGAUCCGGGCGAGGACGAGGCGCACUUGGACUUCGACCCGGACGAGGCCGCCAUGUGGAAUGACGCGGAGGAGCAUGCUCAAGAAGCUCUGGCGGUCAUGCAGAAUGCAAAGAAGACACUACGAGAAGCGCGCCAGAAGCAGCAUGCGGUGAAGUUGGCCAGGGGUUUCUACAAGCCGAACUUUGCCAACAAGCCUCGGAGCGAGACCGCGCAGCCGCGGCCCCGAGAUGACUCGCAAAUGAUCUGCCUGCGGUGCGGCAAAAAGGGACAUAGAGUCGCGAAUUGCGACCAGCCACCGGUCCAAGGCGCCAAGAUGGCAGAGGAGCCGGGAGCCUCCUCCUCCUUCGUUUGCUACGCCGAGGGAGACGAGCUCGCGCUCAGCGUUGGCCUCAGCACAGAGGAGGCCGUGUCGAGAGGCAUGGCUGUGAUAGAUGGCGGGGCGACAAAGACUUUGUCGUCAAUCAAGGCGAUUGAGAACAUCAUGGGCCGGAACAUGCAGACCAAAGGCUUCACCGGGCUGGUGGGUCUGGACCUCCAAGAGAGGCCCGUGUUCUCAUUUGGAAAUGGGACACAAGAUCGCUGCGCCUCGACCAUCAAGCUCCAGCUCGAUGCCGAGUCCAAGAAAGGCUCGUUGACGGUCCAUUGCUUCGACCGCGGAGAAGGGCCCCUGCUCCUGUCCAUCGACGCGCUCCGGAAGCUGGAUGCGAUCAUCGACUGCCGGAAUGACCUGAUCUGCCUGAGAGCCUUGGACCCUCACAGGUUGAUUAAAGUAGAGCGCUCGCAAACAGGGCACCAACUUUUGUCCAUGACAUCCGAUCUUUUCAAGGAACCCAGGCUACUCCACAACAUGGCGAACCUGAACAAGAUGACCCGGGAGGACAUGAAGGAGGAGCUCGAGUUCUACAACGAGUUCCCACCAGCGAGCUGGACGAGACUCGAAAUGAAGACACGUCUGCUCGAGCUUCGUGGCAGCGAGGGGACGACUUGUGCUACGUCACCGCUGCAAGAGGCCAUGAAACAGCUGCGGAAGGCGGCUCGGAAGAAGCCGGACCUGAUCACCUUCUGCCGCGAACACCAGGUGAGCUUGAACGGCAACGAGACGAUUGCUAUGAUGGAGGUUCGUGCAGCCAAGAAGCUUCAGAUGGAAUGCCCAGCACACCCAUACGACCACGUGGGGUUCGGCAAGCACAGCAGCCUCAUGUACAUCGACAUCCUAAGGAGCUACGACGAGUACAGCCGUUGGGUGCAGCAGAUGUACAUCGAGGACCCCAAGGACACCGACCCUCGACUACGUCGUCUGGCACGAUGGUUGUUGAAGACCGAAGAGACACAGAAGGAGAUCGACGAGGGCCCCAAAAAGGGCCAAGGUUCCACAGCGAAGCCGGGAGGGCGACGCCCCUUCCAGCCCAAAGCACGAGCGACGGCAGCAUCGAGCCGAUCGGGGAGUACAAGCAUGACGACCACGGAUCAGGAGACGAGCCGUCGUUUGGACCAGAUGGCCGAUGUGAUCGAGCAGCUCAAGAGCGAGCUGGCGGCGACCCGCGGGGAGCCACCCCGGAAGGGGAUGGAGCGCCGGUACAACGACGCCGAGAUGACGGAGACGGACGGGUCCUACAGCGUGGUCUCCAACCAGGGCAAGCGCGAGCCGAACUCGCCGGAGAAGUGA